AUCGCUCUCUCCCAGUCCCACACUGUGUGACAAAGUCUUUCUUUCUCUCUCUAUCCCACAAAAGAAAAACGCACGUAUUCUCCGCUAACACUCAUCACCCGAUUCGAUCGCCAUCAAUGGCUGCAGUGAAGGGCUUGUAUGGAUCGGUAGAUGAGUUCUUAAAGCAGUGCUCACAGUCAGGUGACUCUGCCUACAGUGCAUUAAGAUCACUCUUGGAGCGCCUCGAGAACCCGGAUACCCGAACCGAAGCCAGGAUCUUCUUCACGCAUCUCCAGAAAAAGCUCGAAACCGAUGGCGCCUCAGAACAUUGCCUCGAUACUUACCAUUUCCAAAUCCAAGAUAUAUUCCUCGAACGGAAUGAAGGUUACCAAAAGAAAAAGAAAUUAACAAUGAUGGUGAUACCCAGCAUCUUUAUGCCAGAGGACUGGUCAUUUACUUUCUAUGAAGGGUUGAAUAGACAUCCAGAUUCCAUCUUCAAGGAUAAGACAGUUGCUGAGCUUGGUUGUGGAAAUGGAUGGAUAUCCAUAGCCAUUGCUGAGAAAUGGUCACCAUUGAAGGUUUAUGGGCUUGAUAUAAAUCCAAGAGCUGUAAAGAUUUCAUGGAUAAAUUUGUAUCUAAAUGCUUUGGAUGAAAAUGGAGAGCUCGUUUAUGACCAUGAGAAGAAAACUUUGCUUGACAGGGUAGAGUUUUAUGAAUCUGAUCUAUUAUCAUAUUGCAGAGAUAACCACAUAGAGCUUGAACGAAUUGUCGGAUGCAUACCACAGAUUCUUAAUCCGAAUCCCGAUGCAAUGUCCAAGCUUAUUACAGAAAAUGCUAGUGAAGAGUUUCUCCAUUCACUGAGUAACUAUUGUGCACUUCAGGGAUUUGUUGAGGAUCAAUUUGGUUUAGGUCUUAUUGCUAGGGCAGUUGAAGAAGGAAUUGAUGUGAUCAAGCCUAUGGGAAUCAUGAUAUUUAAUAUGGGAGGGCGUCCAGGACAAGGUGUCUGUAAACGUUUAUUUGAACGCCGUGGGCUCCGCGUUAACCAGCUGUGGCAAACCAAAAUUCUUCAGGCUUCUGACACUGACAUUUCGGCUUUAGUUGAAAUUGAGAAGAAUAAUCCACACAGGUUUGAGUUCUUCAUGGGACUUGUUGGAGAUCAGCCAAUUUGUGCUAGGACAGCAUGGGCCUUUGGAAAGGCUGGUGGACGCAUUUCUCAUGCUUUGUCUGUUUACAGCUGUCAACUUCGAAAUCCCAACCAGGUUAAGAAAAUCUUUGACUUUCUCAAAAAUGGGUUUCAAGAUAUCAGCAAUUCCUUGGAUUUAUCUUUUCAAGACGAGUCUGUUGCUGAUGAGAAGAUCCCAUUUCUAGCAUAUCUUGCUGGUAUUUUAAAAAACAGCUCACGUUUCCCAUAUGAGCCUCCAACUGGAAGCAAAAGGUUCAGAGAUCUUAUUGCAGGCUUCAUGAAAACAUACCACCAUGUACCAAUUAGUGCUGAUAAUGUUGCUAUAUUUCCUUCAAGGGCUACAGCUAUUGAGAAUACCCUUCGACUGUUCACUCCACGUCUUGCCAUUGUUGAUGAGCAUCUAACCCGACACCUACCAAAGCAAUGGUUAACAUCAUUAGAAAUUGAGCAAAAAGGGGACAAGAAAACUUGUACAGAUGGAAUCACUGUUAUUGAAGCGCCACGUCAGUCGGAUUUGAUGAUUGAGCUGAUAAAAAAGUUAAGGCCACAAGUGGUGGUGACAGGGAUUGCACAAUUUGAGGCUGUUACUAGUUCAGCCUUUGAGCAUCUUUUACGCACCACAAGAGAAAUCGGUUCUCGUCUUUUUAUAGACAUAUCUGACCAGUUUGAGCUUUCCAGUCUCCCCAGUUCAAUUGGAGUCUUGAAAUAUCUUGCUAGAACUCCAUUGCCUUCUCAUGCAGCCAUUAUAUGCGGCUUGUUGAGAAAUCAGGUUUAUGCAGAUCUUGAAGUAGCUUUUGUGAUAUCCGAAGAAGAAACCAUUUUUGAUGGAUUGUCAAAAAGCGUGGAACUAUUACAAGGCAAUACUGCUCUGAUUAGCCAAUAUUAUUAUGGUUGUCUUUUCAAUGAGCUUCUGUCCUUUAAGCUUCCUGACAGACGUCCACCUACAGAGAGAGAAACCGAAAACACAAAAUCUAGCGACAUGAUCGGAUUCUCAAGUUCUGCAAUCUCAGUUCUAACAGACGCAGAAUUAUCAAUCAAAGAAACCGAUACAUCUUCUCUAAUCCACAUGGACGUGGACCAAAUAUUCCUCCCUACACCAACCCCAGUCAAAGCUGCCAUCUUUGAAAGCUUUGCAAGGCAAAACGUAACCGAAUCCGAAUGCGAUGUAACACCAAGCAUCAAACAGUUCAUCAAAACCGCUUACGGUUUCUCAGCCGAUCACACCGCUGAAUUCAUAUACGCCGAUUUCCCUCUCGCUCUUUUCAAUAAACUCGUACUCUGCUGCAUCGAAGAACACGGAACCCUCUGCAUACCCACCGGAUCAAACGGAACUUACACCGCAGCUGCCCGGUUCUUAAACGCAAACAUUGUCUCCAUCCCGACCUGCCCGGAAACCGGUUUUAAACUGACCGAAAACCAACUUGGUAAAGCACUCGAAACUGUCACGAAACCAUGGGUUUACAUUUCCGGUCCCACGAUAAAUCCGACUGGGUUACUUUAUAGCAAUGAAGAAAUGAAAAGUUUGUUGAAAAUUUGUGCUAAAUAUGGGGCGAGGGUGAUUAUUGAUACUUCGUUUUCGGGGGUGGAGUUUAAUUUGAAGGGUUGGGAAGGGUGGAAUUUGGAUGGAAGUUUGGUGGAGUUAAAGGGAAGCUCGUCUUUUUGUGUGUGUUUGCUUGGUGGGUUGUUUUUUAAAAUGCCAACUGGAGGGCUUGCUUCCGGGUUUCUAGUUUUGAAUCAGAGGUUUUUGGCGGAUGCGUGUUAUGGAUUCUCGGGGUUGAAUAAACCUCAUAGUACUAUUCGCUACACUGCCAAGAAAUUGCUGGAUCUUAGAGAGCAAAAUGGAGAUCUAACGGGUGAUGGUGAGAAACAGGGGAAAUUGCUGGCUGAUCGAUUGAAGCGUUUGAAACAGACACUCGAGAGUUGCGGGUGGGAAGUCAUUGAAGCUCACGGGGGCGUUUCCGUAAUUGCAAAACCCUCGGCUUAUCUUGGCAAAACCAUUAAAAUCAAGAAAGAUGGUUCAACAUGGGAAGUGAAGCUGAAUGACACCAACAUCCGAGAAGCAAUGCUGAGAACCACAGGUUUAUGCAUCAAUGGAGCUUCAUGGACCGGGAUCCCAGGCUAUUGCAGGUUCACAUUAGCCCUAGAAGACUUUGAUUUUGAUCGUGCUUUGGAUUGCAUUGCCAAAUUCAAGCAAAUUGUCAACUAAUUCUAAUUGUUUCCUAUUGUGGAAGCUGUUGGUUUUUAUCUUUUUUUUUUGUGACUUAGGUGUCGCGAAAUAAACUACUUGUGUUCAUGUUAUUGAACUAUAGUUAUUGUGUGAUGUUCCACAAGUUUCAAGUGUUGUAUACAUAUUUUCGUAUAUGGGUGUAUGUAAAAGACACCUAGUCACCUACCGUUGUAUUUUAUACAAACAUUGAAAUUGACUGGACUAUAUGGUACUAGAACAAG